AUGGCCAAACAGACAAAGAAAGACGUCCCAGUUAUAGAAAUACCUCUCAUGGUCAGGAGAAACGACUUCCUCGAGGAGACACAUUUCACCGGAAACUUUGUUCCACUCAGAGGAGAUGACGGAAAGGUCCAAGGGUGGUACAAUUCGUUGGCCGAAGUGACGAGACAGAAAAUCACUGACCGCAGGCGAAACAUGCUGAACAUGAUUGCGGUCCUACCGGAAGGUUGUACUUCGUCGAGUAUUGGCUCUCAUUUUAUCGAUUGUUUCCGGACGAAUUCACUGGAUAUACCGUUCGCUCUUGUGUGGGAAAUAGACAACGCGUCCCGCGGAUUGAGGCUCACAGGGCGUCUCGGUGUACCGGAGAGUCACAAGCUGGCCAAACAAGAGGGUUGUCUUGAUAGCGAGGAGGGUGUCUAUCCGCUUUUGAAGGAAGCAGGAAUCGAUCCCAUCACUUCGCCGUGUGGACCAGAGUUCGAUGGUGUCGAAUGGGAAGGCUUCAAGGAGCGAUCGGAGCAUGUCUGUGUCAUACCACUCUCAAACGCUGGACGCCUAUAUGGAUAUCUGCUAAUCGGAGCCAAUCCGAGACGACCCAUCGAUGAGGAUCAUGACCAGUUCAUGCGCGAUCUCGCCUCGCAGUUGUCUUCAACCAUGGCAUUCUUAGUGUCCAUGGAAGAAUCGAACGAGCGACAGUCUCGCUUGGAGAACCAACUGGCUGCAAGUGAACACCAUAUCAGAUACAUGGCUGAUCAUCUAGAUAUCGGAUUGGAACAUUUAUCGCUCGAAGGAAAAGUGCUUUGGGCCAACGAGCAUUAUUUCAAUCUCAUCGGCCAGGAGCCCACUACCGACUUCACGGAGCUGCGGUUGCCGUUCAAAGAUCAUGUCCUUGAGGAGGACCAACCCAAGAUGUACACAGCCUGGAAAGCGGUAUUGGAGGGUGUAAUAACGACCACGACCGAAUUUCGAAUGAAAAGGCUGUGGAAUCCUCCAUUCGGCUCUCCUGUACCAGCUACUGUGCUCAUAUCAGCUGUGCCAUACAUUGAAGCCGGCGAGAUCAAGUCCGUUAUGGCAUGUAUGACAGAAGUCAGUCGUCUGAAGUGGGCCGAAGGGUGGCAGGCUCGAGCAGCUCAAGAAGCACAAGAGGCAAAACGACAACAAAGCGAGUUCACUGAUGCCAUCUCACACGAAGUCCGAAAUCCCUUGUCUGCCAUGCUGCAACUUGCGAACAGCAUUUCUGGGUCUCUGGAAGACUACAAGGAGAAAGAUACAAGCGCUGAGGAAUACCUUCACGUGGUUCAAGAGAAUGUCGAAGCAGCCAAGACUAUCAUCUUUUGCGCUUCUCAUAUGCGCAAAAUAUUGGAUGACGUGUUGGUUCUUUCCAAGAUGGACUUCAUGCUUCUGUCUCUAUCCCCAAGUCCAGUACAGCCACUCGACCUUGUCAAAAACGCUGUAAACAUGCUACAAGCCAACAUCUCAGCGGCAGAAAUAGAGAUGAAAACCGAGGCACAUAAGUCGAUUACCGAACUUGGAGUUGAUUGGGUGAUGUGCGAUCCAUUGAGAGUCACGCAGAUCCUCAUAAAUCUGCUAUCCAACGCGAUCAAGUUUACCCGACUAGAGCGUCAUCGCUGUGUGACUCUGCGGUAUGGCGCUUCCAUCGAAGAGCCAAGAAACUCGUUUGAAGAGGGCCUGGAGUGGGCUUCAACNAAAAAGGAACAUGAAGAUGUCACCCUAGAAAAAGAAUGGGGCAAUGGCAAGCAGAUUUACCUCAGCUUCUGUGUCACAGAUACUGGACCAGGAAUGACCGAAGAAGAACGUGCCCGCCUGUUCAACAGGUUCCAACAAGCCAGUCCCAAAACCUCAAUCAAAUACGGUGGUACUGGUCUUGGGCUCUUCAUAUCUCACUCGCUCACGGAAAAGCAAAAUGGAAGCAUGGGUGUUGUAUCACAGCCAAAGAAAGGUUCUACCUUCGCAUUCUACGUGAAGGUUCGCCAAUCACCCAACCCUCCUGGAAAAUCUUCGAAACAAAGUCUUCAAUCAACUCAGGAGUUGGUGCUUCGACAACUGGAGAAUACACAAGCGUUGAAAGUGAUCCAAGAUACAGCAGUCAUGCAAGAACCUGAAACAAUGCCGCAACAGAAAAUUGUGCCGAGUCCCAAGAUGCUCCAAGAACAAAAUCCUUUGCCAGAGGUAGCAUACCAUGUUCUUUUGGUAGAAGUAAGUUUAUAUACAUAUCCGCACUUCGUCAGCUUUUAUAUUAAUGUUUCUAGNGACAACUUGAUCAACCAAGCAAUUCUUCAGAAACAGCUCACUAGAGCCGGCUGCAUUGUCUACGUUGCCAAUCAUGGACUGGAGGCACUGGAAACUCUACGCCGCGCCGAUAUCUGGGAAGAAGCCGCUGGUUCUGGCCACAAGUUGGACGUCGUGCUAAUGGACCUCGAAAUGCCAGUCAUGGAUGGACUUUCUGCAAGCAGGGAGAUCAGAUCUCUGGAAGAAGCUGGCAAAUUAACAAGGCAUGUCGAGAUUAUUGCUAUCACCGCAAAUGUCCGAAAAGGCCAGGUCGACCGCGCGUUGGCGGCGGGUAUUGAUGCAAUUAUGGCAAAGCCAUUCUUGGUUUCUGAUCUGCUCGAGACCAUCAAAAUUCGACUGGGAAGAUGA